CAGAGCUUAAGUGCCAGAGAAGAGGAAGGGUCUGACGUAAACCUGCCAAAAACAGCUGCGGGAGAGACGCAGGAAGGCGUUACAUAGUGAGCAUGUGAGGGGGCAAGAGCCAGAUCGAGGGAGGACACCCCGAGAGAGACUUGAGAGGGAGAGAAUGUGUGUGAAGGAAAGUGGGAAAGAAAUGAUUCCGUGUUGAAACUGGACAGCGAGGCAUUGAGGAAAACCAGGAGAGGUCCUGAAGAAACAUAAGGGGAACAUAAAACAAGGCUUUAUUGGUGCAACCUGGAGGGAAAACCUAAGGAACUAAGCAAGUGAGGGAGCAGGAGGAAAGGAUUUCUGAGGUGAAAUAAGCAAGUAGUAAAGGAAGGAAAAACAUGGGACGUGUCUUCAGUAAACAACGGUGGGGUAAAGAGAGGAAUCCCCAAAGCUCAGACCCACCAAAAACACGAGACUGCACAGAGGAUGCAGAGAUACUCAGCUUAACAGAGUUGGAGAAAAUGGCUUCACACUCGUUUAAAGAAAAGAGUUUCAAGAAGAGGCAUCAAUGUGCUGUCUGCAAACAAACUCUCGACAGCUAUUGCAUGUACUGCAAAGAGUGUAAAACUGCAGUACAUAAGAAAUGUGAGGAAAAGGUAUCUGUCCCGUGUGAAGCUACCGCAGAUGCAAUGAACCACCCUGCCAGCAUAGAAAGUGUUAUGGAGAGGUUAUUGGACAGCCAGUAUGACUUCGACUUGACCUACAUCACUGAGCGCAUCAUCUCUGUCCUCUACCUGUCUGACCUGGAAGAACAACGUUACAGCAUCAACCUCAAAGAAGUGGCAGCCAUGUUGAAAUCUAAACAUCAAGAGAAGUUUUUGCUUAUAAAUCUGUCUGAGAAGCGGCAUGACAUCUGCAAGCUGAAUCCAAAGAUUGAGGAGUUUGGGUGGCCUGAUUUGCAUGCCCCUCCCCUCGAUAAAAUAUGCGCUAUAUGCAAGACAAUGGAGAGCUGGCUUACCUCUGACCCCCAAAACGUGGUUGUUCUGCACUGCAAGGGAAAUAAAGGGAAAAUUGGAGUCAUUGCAGCCGCUUACAUGCACUACAGCAAGAUAUCUGCAGGGGCAGAACAGGCGCUCUCCACAGUUGCUAUGAGGAAAUUCUGUGAGGAUAAAAUCCCUCCCUCUCUUCUUCCCUCUCAAAACAGGUAUAUAUAUUACUUUGCUGGUCUUCUCUCGGGUACAAUAAAGAUGAACAACUCGCCUCUGUUCCUGCAUAAAGUUCAUAUUCCAGCUUUGCCCAACUACCAAGAAGGAGGUUACUCUCCUUUCCUGAAGAUCUAUCAGUCAUUGCAGUUGGUGUAUUCUUCCGGAAAAUAUGAUGUUCAAGACCCUAACAGUAAGAUGCUCUGUAUGAAAAUUGAACCAGGUCUGCUGCUGAAAGGAGACAUCAUGGUGAAGUGUUUUCAAUGGCACUCGGGUUCGUGUAAGAGAGAAUGUGUGUUUAGGGUUCAGUUUCACACCUGCAGUGUCCAUGGAUCUCAGCUUUCCUUUGGCAAAGGGGAACUUGACCAAGCUUGCACAGAUGACCGUUUCCCAGCUGAUGCCACAGUGGAGUUGCUGUUCUCUUCUGGCCCACAGAGGAUGAGAGAGGUGCAGGGGAAUGAGCCUGGUGUAUCUGUGGAUCAAGGCCCUGGAGAUCCUAUUGUGCGCUGGGACUCGUAUGAGAACUUUAACCUUCAUCAUCAAGACAGUAUUGAGAAUAUCUGUCACACACGUGGGCCUUUGGAUGGUAGUCUGUACGCUCAGGUGAAAAAACGUCGUGCUCCGGGGUCAAGUCCUAACGGUUGCACGCCCUCCAUAAAAUCCUCCACACACUCCACGCCCAGUCAUUCCGUGUCUGCUCCUCCAGUUCAUCUUUCCAUUCAGCCUUUGUCACCCAGCACAGAAACAACUCACCCCUCUGCACCAUUACAGUCCCAAUCUCCACUUCCUUCCCGUGCUGAAAGGGAUAAAAGCGAAAAGGACAGACACAGAGAAACAGCAAUACUGGAUGAUGGCGACUGCUCUCCUCUCCGACCAGAACGUCCAGUUCAGCCCUGUUGUGGUCGCCCGUAUUCCCACACUCAUUCGUUCUGCGGCCCUGAUCCACACCACCAUCCUAAACACCACACUCUUCCCUGUAGCCGAACAACCCAAGUGUCAGCACGAGAUCUGUGUGUAUCCCAGCCGGAUCUUUUGUGGGAGAGAGGGCGCUGUUUGCACCAUCCAUACACAGAAACAAUCAGACACCUGUACCCAUACCCCCUACAAGAAUCCCACACACACUCUACACUUACCCACUCGCCCCAGUCAUCCCAUUCCCACACCCUUCCUCCACAAACACGCACGUAUUUCUCUGGGGAGGGGUGUCCUUUGUUUUAUUGCUCCGCCCUUUCACAGGGCCACACCCACAUGUUACCGUCUCUACCCCCAAACCAGUCAUUGCUCUCCAGUCCCUACCGAGAGCUCCAUUAUAGCUCCCCAACAUCUUGCUCCUGCAGGGAUUGUUCCCGCUUGCGGGAGGAUGUCGCUCUUCACUCCUUACGAGAAAGAGAAUUAGGUGGUCUUCGAGAGACAGAAUUUGGGUUUAGGAGGGAGGGGCCUAUGCACUGGAGGGAUGGAAGGGCGGAAACUCAUUGGGAGGGAGUUCAAGAGGCUGACUUCUGGCGCCGCAAAAUGGUUUCACCAAUGAUGUCAUCAUACGGACACUGCCACACUGUCCCGAAACACGACCUUGCAUUGUAUGUCGCAGACACCCAACCUGAACAUGUUCCCACAAUGAGUCCAUAUCCCAGCCCUCAAAGCAGUGGGUACCACAGCCCUCAUCCACCCUGUCCUUGCUCUCCACAAGUGCUUAGAGAAAGUCCUAGUUAUGCCUCCAUCAGCCAUUCUCCAAACUCCUCCCCCUUUGCUCUCACUCCAUCCCCACAACGAGCCAAUCACAUCAAUGCCUCGGCUGAAAAGAGUCAGCGUGUUUUAAAUGAUGGUGGUAUUAAAGUUUCAGAGGCUGAAAAAAGUCACAUUGAGGCUUUCCCCCAGGGCAGUGGACCAUUGGAAGUUGGAGAUCCUGUGAAAAGCACAAUCCAAAAGGGUGACACCUUUCCUGGGUCUCUGAUCACUGUUGUCUCUGCUAUCAAUGGAGCAAAAGAAAAGUCAGAACCACAGUACAGUUCUGAGGUUAAGAAAACAUCUAUCACAGAACAUAACACAGCUUUUAUCAGCGACCCACCAUCCUGGCCCAUCCCUGACCUCACAUCCAAGAGGGUAGAGGUGCAGGUACAAACACAGAACCCCAGCCACCUCAGCAACCUGGAGAUAGACGAAGAUAAAGUAGAUACCUCAACCUCGAGUUCUCAACCAACUGUUUGCUCAUCAGAGACAAGCUCAACCUCCGAACUACUUACAUUCAACAUCAAUGUUGAAAGGCAAAGCUUGACCCCAUUGACUGAUUGUAAUUCAUCCAAUGAGGAAAUCAGCAACAGUGACCCGACAUCUUUGUCUCCUGACCCUGACGGCUCCGUCACACCCUCAUUUCCUAAAGCAUCAUACGGCUACCCUCUUCUAGCUGUGCCUCAUGUACCAUAUUCAGGCUACAUUGCUGUCACCAUCCCUGCAUCCUUACCUCAACCGCCUCUUCCUGAAAAACAACGCACAUCCAACCUUCAAAAUGUGUCUGAUUGCACUGGCACAGCCUUGUUGAUAUCAGAUGCACAACUUCCUGAUUCUAACCAGUUUAAAGUGUCCAUCUCAUCUGAUACCAAUGAAUUGCCUCCUACAACUAAACGCAAAGUAUCCCCCUCUAAUGGAGUGGAGGAACCGGAAAACCGACUCACCUCCAAGUUUGUCCAAGAUAGUUCCAAGUACUGGUACAAACCUGGCAUCUCUAGAGACCAGGCUAUCGCAGUAUUAAAGGAUAAAGAGCCUGGCUGCUUCCUUAUCAGGGAUAGUAAUUCUUUCCAAGGCGCAUAUGGAUUGGCCCUCAAAGUCGCCACACCUCCGGCCCACGCUAGUAACCAUGGUGAGACGGGCAACAUACAGGAGCAACUGGUUAGGCACUUCCUGAUCGAGAGCGGAGCAAAAGGGGUGAAGAUCAAAGGCUGCCAAAAUGAGACGUAUUUUGGCUCCUUGUCUGCUUUGGUGUAUCAUCACUCCAUCACACCCGUGUCACUUCCAUGUGUACUGCGUAUUCCAGAUAAAGAUCUUGUUGGGGAGUUGCAGGAAUUGCACAGUGGUACUAACACCAGCACAGCUGCAGACCUCUUAAAACAGGGGGCAGCUUGUAAUGUUCUCUACCUAAACUCUGUGGAAACCGAAUCUUUGACUGGCCCGCAAGCAGUCUCCAAGGCAACCAAGUGCACUUUGACCCAGGGGUGUCGUUCUUUACCAACAGUUGUCCACUUCAAAGUGUCCACACAGGGCAUCACCCUCACUGAUAAUCAGCGCCGCUUGUUUUUCAGGCGGCAUUACCCUAUUCAUAGCGUGACUUUCAGCAGUGUGGAUCCGCAAGAUCAAAGGUGGAUUGAUGCUGAUAACACAUCCCACAAAAUGUUUGGAUUCAUUGCAAGGCGCAGUGGUGGUUUGGGAAACGUGUGUCACUUAUUUGCAGAGCUUGACCCAGAGCAGCCAGCCACAGCCAUUGUGAACUUCAUCAAUAAAGUCAUGCUGGGACCUCAACAGCUGCGAAAAUGAUGGAGAAGAGGAAAACAGAAAAUAAUGAUCAGUGUUUGAGUUUUUAUGAUCAAGGUGCACAAAAAUGCCUUUAAAUGCAGAACGAAUGCAUUUAUUUCUUAUAAUUGUACACAUAUUGCACAAACCCAAUGAGAUUACAAGUGUUAAAAUGACUGAGUAUUAUUAAGUUAAAAAUAAGUAUUGUUUUGUAGGCUUUUUAUGAAUAAAAAAAUAUUAGACAAACAAUGAGCAGGGACAUUACUAUUAAAAUAAAUCUAGGUAAUAAAAUAUGUAAAAUAAUGGAUAAAAAGUGAGUGAGAGAGAGAGACCACUCAGGAUGUAAAUUAUUAUUAUCAUUAUUCUGCUUAUAUUUUCAUUGCAAUUUCAUUUUGUUAUAACAUUCGAACAGUUGUUUUAUUUAAACAGUCAUAAAAUUUUGGUUUGUUUUAGUUGUUUGUUUUUUAUUGAAAGGGCUUUUACAUAACGUUAAGUCAUAUUUUGAACUGGUGCGUUUUUACAUUCAUACUUUAUGGUAUAAUUAUAUAAUACAUUAACGAUAAAAAUGAAAAAAAUUCCCCAUUUCUAUUUCUGAUUUACAGGUAUUUAAUAAAGGUUUGCAGUAAUAAUGUCCUAAUGGUUACAUUUUCUUUUAAAGUUUCAAGCUCUUUUAUUAAAAAAAGCUUUAUUACAAGUGAAUCAUGUCCCAGUCUUUGUAUCCCUGGGUGCCCUUUGCACAUAGAGGAUUUUCUUUUGUGCAUCAGGUUGAUUACUUGAUUGAACAUGUUUAUAGAUUUAGUUCCUUUAUGGCUAAUGACAUCAUGUUCACUCUUUCAUGUUAAGCACCGACAAGAAAAGCAUUCCAUGUUUUGCUUUGGUGUGGUUUGUUAUCCAAAAUGCUUCUAUUAUUUAAAAACCAUUAUAAAUAAAGCCAUUAAAAUAUUCUU